GUAAUCUGUGGUCAUUUCAUUAACCACAGAUCGAAAAUUGUAUAUGUUUGUGAUAUUUAUCUCUCAAGAGCAAUUUUUAUUUCCCAAUAAAAACGCAAACGAAAAUGAGCUUCGAAAAUCCGACAAAUAAUGGAAACAAUCAAGAAGAACAUAAGCACGGUAAACCAGAGGGUUAUCAAAUAUCGAGGACAGACAUGAAUAUGUUGAUAAUGAAUUAUUUAGUAACAGAAGGUUUUAAGGAAGCAGCUUUAAAGUUUCAACAGGAGGCAGGGCUGCAGGAGCCUGCGCUCUGCAGUUCUUUAGAUGAGCGGAUACUGAUCAGAGAAGCAGUGCAGAAUGGUCGCAUCCCUGAAGCCAUUGCAAUGGUCAAUUCCUUGCAUCCAGAAUUAUUGGACAAUGAUAGAUUUCUCUACUUCCACUUGCAGCAACUCCAACUGCUAGAGCUGAUACGUGCGGGACGAGCGGAGGAGGCUCUAGCAUUUGCAAGCGCGACGCUAGCUGAGGCAGGCGCUAACGAUCGUGCGGCGCUCGCCGAGCUAGAACGUUCGCUAGCACUGCUAGCUUUCCCCGAUCCACAUUCCUCACCAUUCGCUGACCUACUCUUGCCUGCACAUGGACAAAAGAUUGCAAGUGAACUCAAUGCAGCAAUAUUAAAAAUGGAAAACCAAGAGUACACAAAUCCGAAGCUAUGCAGUCUUCUGCGUAUGAUCCUUUGGUCACAGAGUGAGCUUGACAAACACAAUGUCAAGUACCCAAAGAUGACUGACUUAGCCAAUGCAACUAUAGAGCAGCCAAAGUGACUGCAAAUUUUAGCUAAUAAAUUAUAUUGAUUGGAGUGUUUUAAUUCACAUGACUUCUAUAGACAUUCUAGUGAUGAAAAUCAAAAUAGUAUGCUCAAUCAUAGUUGAUCCAAAAUGUACCUUCGCUGAAGAAUUACAUAACUUUAUGAUGGUAUAUUCUCAUAACUAAUGUAAGUACUGUAAAUAACUAUGGUCAACUAAACAAGCAACUAUUAUAUGGAUAUAUUACGGAAUGUUCAUCAAAGAUAUCAGUAGUAUUGAAUGUUGUUUUGUUUAUAUAUGUUUCUUUUUUUAUAUUAGGUAUAGUUUAG